AUGUCUUCCUCAGCCGACGCCGAGGGUUCAGAGGAUGUCAAUGACUUCCUGCUUCGUAUCCGGGAGCUCGGAGAGAAGCGCGACAAGGAAGACGAAGAACGUACUAGGAAACUAGAGGAGGAGAUUUUGCAAGGCCGGAAGGAGAGGCAGGCUCGAAGAGCUGAGCGGGCACGGUCGAUAUCGCCAACGAAAGACUCUCCAUCUAUACUAGAUAAUGCUCGACUGAGCACCUCGUCGUUCAGCCUACGAGCCAUCGAUCCUCCUGAACAUCUUGAGCCAACCCCCCGAACUCCAGACCGUGAUAUCAGCAGCAAAUCGGAAGCCAUUCGGGACGACGAAUCCGUAACUACCAAUGGUAGUCGAAGAGGAUCUAGAGUGGAUAUAAACGAGUUAGAAUCAUCGCCCAAGGCCCCUUCGGUUUCGCUUCGAAGCCGAGCGGGGACGUUGUCCUGGCAGCAACGGCCGUCAUCGCGAGAACUCAAUAGACCCUUCUUCUCUACUUCUCCCGUUCGGGAAAAUCGCUUGAGAGCCAUGUCGAGUACCUCGACCGACGACCGUGGAUUAUCUGGUAGCCCAACAUUGCGCUCUCCUCCCACAAGGGAGGCCUCGUUAUUGGACCAAGCAGAAAAAAGUGCUAGCUCCCCUAUGCGGGCAACGACAGCCGAAGAAGAAUACCAAGAGCUCUCUGCGCCGGGCAAUGACUCUAAAGCGUCGGAAAUAGAAAUAGAAACUACGCAUGAGGUGGAAAAGGAACCCAGUCAACCCGAAGCUGGAGAAAUGCGAUCACGUUCUCCAUCAAGGGCAAGCUCCACUUUCGCAGAAAGUAGCCUCGGCCAUCGAUAUUCAAGUAUUUCUUCCGUUUCAACAGCCACAGGACUAGGAUCUCCCAUACCUCUGUCAAGUGCACAAAAGUUCGAGCCCCGAAAGACUGAGACAGACUCAGAGGACCAAACGACGACUCCCCUAUCGCCCAGACGUCUCUCUCCGGAACGUUCAAAUUCGCCGACUAAGGGACUUGGAGGGUUUGUGCAAAGCGCCAUGAUGAAACGAUCUGAUAGUGUUUCAAAACGUUGGAGUGCUCAACUUCCAUCUGGCUUGAGCCGCGGCCACUCAUUCGCAGGGAAUAGAAAUAGUUUCGCUGCGCCGAGUAAAAAUGACCUAUUAUCUUCACCUCGACUUGCCCCCGACAGCUCGACUUUAACAACACAUCGGCCAGGUUCUAGCCAUAGACCAAGCUCUAGCCACAGCGAGGCAACGAUUGUCAAGGAGAGUGAACGCCCGGCUACUCCAUCAGUUUCUAGCGGCAAUGGCGCCACGCGACCCGAUGGGAGCCCCGGAAGGCCACAACUUGCGCUCCAUACAAGAUCUGCUAGCGCUGUGGAGAACAAUGAUGCUAGCUCACUACCUCCGAAUAGCCCUGUAGUAUCUAGGACUAUGGACCCCAAGCGUUGGAGUCCAACCAAAUCCACAUGGCUGGAGAGUGCUCUGAACCGUCCCGAUUCACCGAGGCAUAAGAAGCAACCCUCGCAAUCAACAACGUGGAGCAGAGAACGGCAGUCAAGGGGCAGUGUUGAUAUGGGCAGGUCGAAUACCUUUAAAGAAGUUACUCCUGUGGGAUUGAUGCGUACCGCCGCUCCUGGCAGCCACUCAAAAACAUCGAGUGUUUCUGGAAUGCCAGAUUUGUUCGGCACACCCGACACGACAAACACAGCAAAGGAGACUGCAGUGGAAACCACCGCACCUGACGCUGAGGGUAAUAGUGUACCGUCUGUGGACAAAUGCUCUACAGAUCAUUCAAAGGCAACGGAGACCGUGCCAGAGAGUACUGACGAGACCACCGAGCCAACCACCACUAGACGCAAGCGUGCCCCAACAUUAUUGACGCCAAUCUCGAACGCGAGUUUGGAUUCACCUAUCUCGCCUACUAGGAUUUCACCCACUAGAGACCCCCUGUUAAACCGACCGAAACCCCAGUCCCCUGUGAUAGAUUUCCGUGCCAAUCUCCGGAAGCGAGAAGUUGUUAAGGAUCAAGGACCCAAGGAAGAGCCAGAGUUCAAAAAUGUUUUUGGAAAGCUGAAGAAAACAGAAUCAUCGAAUUAUGUCCCACCUGACGAGCUCAAAGAUAAUAUACUGAGAGGGAAAGCAGCAUUAAAUACUACAGGGGGUCCGAAGAAAAACCAGAAAGUUGAUGAACUGAAAGAGAGUAUUCUGAAACAGCGAGAGGCAAUCAAAUCCAGCGGAGGCUCGUUACGGCGCAAUACUGCUGGGGAAAACGAUGCUUCUAUGAAGAUCGUUCCUGAAGCCAUUGCGAAACGGCAUAACCUGACCAAGUCCAGCAGUGCCAAAAGCAACGUGUCUGAUACGCUUGCCUCCCUUUCUCCUAGGGAGCCCGGAACACCACAGCUUUCACCACAACUUCCUUCAGAGCUUGAGCGUGUCGACCGUUCUCCUAGCCCACAACUUGCCGCGAAAGAACAUAAUCCCGAUGUACCUGAUACCCAGGAACAAGCCCCUGAACCCGUUCAUCCUAUCAGCGAACAAAAUAGUAAAAUUGAGUCGAGUAAAUCGAAGGAUCAGUUGGAGAAUGAGGUAAUUGAAGAGCAGAAGAAAUCAAGUGAAGAGGCCAUCCAACCGGUGCGUGCUUUGCCAUCGGGGAAUAUCGUGCAGGCCACAAAUCCGCCUGCUUCAGCUGAAGGUCUUGCUACUAAAGGUAAACUCGCAGGCCGAAUAAACCCUGCCUUGGCAGGCCUUUUGUCGCGCGGUCCUCCCGCGGCACUGAAUGGGUCGAACAACGCGUUGCCCGUGAAUGACAAUGUGCCGUCGGCCCCGAGUCCUGCUGCUGCGCUUACGCAUAUGACGAAAAACCGCGCCAAGGGCCCGAAAAGACGUCUUCCCAAAUCCGUGGCUCCAGAAUUCGUGGAUUACCCAUCGAAGGAAGCGACAGAAUCUUAUGAAGUCCAUGACUUUCCUGAUCUGAGCGAUCCUGACCCUUUAGAUUUCACAUCAGAGGAGUCAACGCCUCGAGAGAACUUACCGUAUUCUGAGAGAGAAGAGAAGAAUGUCUCCGUAAAGGAAAUUAGACCAAGGGAAGAACCUGCUACCCUGGAUGUCUCUCCCUCUUCAAACGAGGAAACAGGAGCCGACAUAAAAUAUUCUGUGCCCGAAACAGAGACUGUUAGCCAGGGAGUCUCACCAUCUCUUAGUGUUGAGGUAGACGUCUCCAAUGACCCCGCACGGAAGGAAGAGCCUAGCCUUGAAGAGACUCUACAAUUCUCCGAUGCCAUGGAAGACCAACUUCCUACAGUGGACUCUGCACCGAAGGAAAAGCCUGGUUUCCAAGAGACUUCACAGUUCUCCGCUAGCAUAAAAGAAGAGCUACCUACCGUGGACUCCGCACCAAAAGAAGAAGAGAUCAUAUCUCUAGAACCUGCACUACCCCUAAAUAAUGAGGAAACAAUUUCUAAGAAUUGUACAUCGAAACGAGAUACUAUCUCCUCCAGGCUAACAAUGUCCUCUGACACCGAGGAGUCCGAGACUAUGAAUCCUGCUUCCAAGGAAGAUACCGGUGUCCAGCAGAUCCCAUCAUCCUCAGAGAUUGCGGGGCCUGAACCCAUUGGGUCGUUGGAAAGUGAGAAUACUGGCUCCCUGAAGAGUCUGCCGCCUUCAACUAUCGUGCUCGAAGAAGGGACUGAAUCACGGGGAAACACAGCUUCACCUGAUAUUAAGGAACCUAAGGCAAGCCCAUUAUCUACUCGAAGCUGCGCAGGCAAUUCUAGCGGCUGGCCGCUCCCUGAUGGUGAUAUUCCCGCGCCUGCCGCUUUGGAGACAGGUUUGACUCAGCCUUCACCAACUACGGGCAAGCCAACCGAGUUCAAGAGGAGUAUUCAUCACAUGGCCGAGAGAGACUCGCAACAGAAUUUUGGUGCACUCCAGUCAAAGUCAGCUACAGAAUUCGAGAAACUCACGCAGAAAUUCGAGAAAGCUCAUGAGGAUGUGGAAAACCGGCGCGAUUCAUUUAAACCGGUUCCUCCGCCGAAAGCAGCCCCAUUCACACCUACCCCUGAGUUUAGGCAAUCCAGAAGCUCACCAAUACAUUUUUCGUCCCCGUCUCCGUCUCCUCUCAGGUCCAGCUUCAAACAAAACCAAAUAUAUCCUUCUCCGACUGCUUAUCGAAGGACAGCCCCGGGUAUGUCACCAUCUUCACCCAGGGACAAGUCUUUACCAUCCCCUCCCGUUCCUCCUAAGUCCAGCCCCUCUGUGGACCAAGUUUCUUCACGAAGAUCUUCAGCAUCGUUGGUGCCCCAAGCCGACGAGUCUCUUGAAGCCAUUUCUGGCUUCUUCAAGACAUUCCCCAAUUCAAGGGAUUCCAUGAAUAUUGAUGCUCAGUUAAUGCUGACGAGCAAGAAUGAGAACCAGAAAAUCAGGACCCUGAGGAUGCAGAUGUGGGAGAUAACAGGUGAUGGCAAGAAACAAGAUCUCCCUGUCAAUCAGGAAUACAUCCUCUACGAAGGCAGCAUGUAUCUCUGCGUGCAUAUGUUCGAAGCUGACGCUGGUGCACGGUCAGAGGCUCAUCUUUGGUGUGGUGAUGAUGUUCCCGACGCAGCAAUAGACGACGCGCAGUCUUUUUCGAAGAAGGUGGCCAAGGAGAAUGGUUGCAAAUUGGAAGUCAUUAAGCAGGGAAAAGAGACCGCGCGUUUUAUCCAAGCCCUCGGUGGAAUUCUCAUAACUCGUAGAGGUCUCAGUUCUCGUUCUAGUUCCUCUGCUUUUUUCAUGCUUUGCGGCAGAAAGCAUCUAGGCCAAAUGGUCUUUGACGAAGUGAACUUCUCCCGCCAGAGUCUGUGCCCCGGCUAUCCGUUCGUAAUUUCUGCCAUGUUUGGCAAGGUAUAUUUGUGGAAGGGCAAAGGCAGUGCAGCUGAAGAGGUCGGAGCCGCUCGGUUGAUUGGCAUGGACCUUGGCUUAACCGGCGAGUUCGAAGAGGUUGCUGAAGGAGAAGAGCCAGAGAGCUUUUUUGAAUGUUUCCCACAGUAUGGGGAAUCUGGAGAUUACAUGCGCCCAGAUUAUUGGCGGUUAAAGCCUAACCAUGCAUGUUAUCGCCCGAGACUACUUCGUAUUGACCAUGAGCUCGGUCAGCAACGGCCAGCAGGGUUCUGGCUGCGUCGGCCAGGUUCCGCGUCUCCGGUGAUUCGACCGAACGACACUGUUCAAGAGAUCGAGCCUUUCUACCAGAAGGACAUCAAGGCCAAUGGUAUUUAUGUCUUAGAUACCUUCUUCGAGAUCUAUGUGAUUGUCGGCGAACAUGCGUCCAACCGACCGGCAGAAUUCGUCUCGGCCGUGGUAUUCGCACACGAAUAUGGCAUUCUAGCUGCUUCGCUCCAAGACCGGCCAUUCAUUCCUAAGAGUUUUGUGUCCCUUGGCGGCGUUCCGGGUAGCUGUUGUACAGCAUUCCGCAAGUGGGAGCAGCCUACCUUGCGGAUGCCCCCACAGGUCUUUCCUUUGAACGCCGCCAUCGAAGCUAUCCGCUCCUAA